AUGAUACCAAGAAAAUCACUUGAUACAGUUGGAUCUCGGCAGAGGCAAAAACGGCAGAGGCAAAAACGGCUAAGGCAAGCUUUUGAUAAACAAAACGAGAUAAAUACUAUUCAAAUUGUUGAAUCUAUUCGUAAUGAUCCUCGUUGUAAUAGAAUUUCUACAAAUUUUGUUGAAAAUAAUUCAACUCACGCACGUGACAAUGCUGUAGGUUAUGAUAGAAAUCUUUUUAUUGAAAAUGAUGUUUUUGAUAAUACACAAAGUGGGAAUGGAGUUAAUUUAUUAACGGAACGUGAGUUUGAAGAGGAAGGUGAUUCUGAAGAAGAUCAACUCAAACAGGAAGAAGUCUAUUCUGAUGAAUUGGUUUAUGAAGGAGCUCCACUUACAGUAUCGGACAGCAUGUUCCUCAUAUUAAUGAUUUUUCUACGGCACAAUGUUACACAAGAGUGCAUAGCUGACAUAAUUUCUGUCAUUAAUAUGCAUUGUUUGAAAAGUAUGUUUGUUAAAAAUAGUCUCUAUAAAUUUAAAAAAUAUUUUUCUUUGGAUCACUCCGAAUUUAUUAAACAUCUCAACUGUCCUGCGCAAUUGUAA